UUUUAAGCACAUUUUCAAAAAGGAGGAGGUCUUGCCAGGUUUUAACUGCGAUUACUGAACUCCGUCACGUCAUUUGUAGAGAGAAAGUUACAUUUUUCUUUUGUAGGACAAGGCUUAGUAGAGUUGUCAUAGUAUUCCUAAGUCGUAAUUGACGUUGGGUAUUAAUCGACACUUUCAGGUCUGCGUUACCGUGCUUUUUUUCAUUCACUGAGUGAGAGCGAGAGCAUUGAAAAUGGCACAGUUCGGAUUUGAAAACGACAUCAGCGACACGUUGAAGCUCGACGUCCCCAUUACCAACGCUCCUAUUUCCCGCUGGCAGAGAAAAGCAAGCGCGUCAAACUCGUCCUCGAGCGCCUUGACCCCCGGGAAGUAUGCCAACGCCUCGCUGAACAUAUCAUCAAAGACGCCGUGUAAGACUCCGUGUAGAUGGAAAACCACGCCAUCAAAGAUGGGAGCGGACCGCUUCAUUCCUGUCCGUAAUGAGAAACAAAUGGAAAUGGCGAGUUUCUUGCUCUCAAAGAAGGCUCGACCCAAGGAAGACGGUGUCUCAACAGCUUUGUUGGCAAGUGAUUUUCAAAUAGUCUAUACUGUACUGUACAGAACAUCCACGAAUGAGUUUAAUUAUUUGUCAUCUUCGGGUAUGUUGUCACAGGAACAGCAAAAGACGUGGUCCAUCGCGCUGAAUGGAUGCAACCUCGAAGAGGCCCGCAUCCUGCAGUUCAGUGGGAAACCAACCGUUAACCCAGAUGGCCAACACAACACUUUGAAGUCCUUGUACAGUCACACCAUGACUCCUAUGUCCAACAAAAAGACACGACACAUAUCUUCCAGCGCCGACAGAGUCUUGGACGCUCCUGACAUUCGCGAUGAUUUUUAUUUGAAUCUGCUCGAUUGGAACAGCCGCAACAUUAUGGCAGUGGCUCUCAAAGACAGCGUGUACCUGUGGGAUGCCACUCAGGGAAAUAUCACCCACCUCAUGAACAUGGACAAUGAGGCGGCGUAUAUCAGCUCGCUGUCUUGGGCCAAGGAAGGCAACUACCUGGCAGUUGGCACCAGCGACUGUGCAGUCCAAUUGUGGGACGUAGAGCAAGAGAAAUGCCUUCGCAGCAUGAACAGCCACUCUGCACGAGUCUGCAGCCUGAGUUGGAAUAGCCACAUCUUGUCCAGCGGCAGCCCGUCAGGCCAGAUUCACCAUCAUGACGUGAGGGUGGCGGAGCACCACAUCUUCACAUUGCAUGGCCACUCUCAGGAAGUGUGCGGGCUGCAGUGGUCGCCGGAUGGCCGCUACCUGGCCAGCGGCGCCAACGACAACCUGGUGUGCAUCUGGCCCCGCGUGGCCCAGGGCCGCACAGACGUCACCAAGCCGCUGCACUCACUGAGUCUCCACAAAGGGGCCGUCAAGGCUUUGGCUUGGUGUCCAUGGCAGUCCAGCAUCCUGGCCUCGGGUGGCGGAACCUCGGACUGUCACAUCCGUGUGUGGAACGUCAACAGCGGGUCCUGCCUCAGUUCAGUCGACACACAGUCCCAGGUGUCGGCGCUUGUGUUUGCUCCCAACUACAAGGAGCUGGUGUCUGCACACGGUUUCACACAGCAUAACUUGGUCAUCUGGAAGUAUCCGUCCAUGGCAAAAGUUGCAGAGCUCAACGGACACGAUGAGAGAGUCCUCAACAUGGCCAUGAGUCCAGACGGCUCCACGGUGGCCAGCCUGGCUGCGGACGAGACCAUUCGCCUGUGGAAGAGCUUUGAGGUCGACCCCAAGAAAAAAGUCAAAGACAAGACGCCCAUUUCCCUGCACUCGGCCUUCACUCGCUCCAUCAGAUGAUUUGGAGACACUUUUUUAUUUAUUUUUUUGAACACCGUAUGAAUUUUCAUAGUGCAUUUGCUCAAUUGCGGUCACGUUUUGCUUCCAUAGUCCACUGCAAAUUGGAUGAGGCAUCCCCUUGAUAAUUGUCUUCUGUCUGACUUUCCUAACUUUUGAACAUUUGAAUAAAUGUUUCCACAAUAUGA